GAUCGUUCUCCGGGCAGCAUCGAGAGCUGGAUGUAGCUAGAAAAGCCUUCACGGAGAAGGCUUUUCUUCCACAGCCUAAAACUGCGUCAAAACGGCACGGCCGUGAGGAUCGAUUCACGCUGGUUCAGGGAAGGACGAGACACGAUCGCGACUGCACAUAUCGAGGCCGGCAGCGUCGAGCGCAAAGCAGGAGAGGAGACUGCACAGUGACCGGGAACACGAUUCCGGUUUCGCAGAACGGCCUGGAGGCGAGGCCAACGCAGCAGUGCGGAAGCGAGCUGGUGAGCACUUCGACAGAACCGCGAUGAUGCAGGUGCGUGAGGCGGAGCAAAGAAGAGCAGUUUCGGCGAAGAAGAUGGGUGCACCCGAGAAGAAAUCCGUGAGUACCGAAGAGAAAUGAAACAGAUGAGGAAGAAAGCAGAUAGAAGUAGGGAUUAGGAAGAAGGAAACAAAUGUUUGAAGGCAUGAGAAAUAAACGGUUUGUACACUAAAUUGCUAAUUUGUGGCGUAUGAAUGUUGCUAGCCGGUCCGAUCCUUGCCCAUUUUCACUCAGCGAGAUCGUAUCACAACAUUGGCGCCCAACAAAACGAACCAUUUUAGUUUGUGGUUUGUAGAUUUUAGAAUUUGUGUUCUGUUUGUGGCACAAUUCUGUUAUUUUGUAGCACAUUUGUAGAACCUACCACAUUUUUAGUUUUGUCUAGUUGGCUAAUUAAGACCUUUUGGAUCAUGGAUCCAGCAAGCCUGUUAGAAGAGGAGAUCAGUUACGAACUGGCCUUGCGCCACGUAAACAAUCUCGGAGCACUUCCUCGCAGGGCUAGAGCCGUUCGCUUGCGUGCUCUUAUGCAGGAAGAUGAGAUAAAAGGAAUACUUUAUGACAAUUCCUCCCACGUUAUGGAUGUGGGGGACAAUAUCAGUCAAUGUCAAUCUCGCGUGCGCGAAUUAAUACCCGAAGUGGAAGCAGCUUUGAAGCGCGGUGAUCUCCCAGCAGUUCGUUUACUACGGUCGCGGUUAGUGCACUAUCGGGACAGACUAUCCAUCGUGGAUCCACCGGUAGCUUUCCUCGACACACACGCAGCCGUGGCGCUUUUAGUGCAGUUUUCCCUGGAAGAUGUGGACGAUGCGCUAGGAAGAACGAAGAAAAGUGCCAGACCAGUGAACAGUGACAGUGCCAACAGAAGCAGUACCGGUGCAGUUCCAAAAGGGACCACACAAUCUUCGACCGUGACUGAAGGAGACUUCCUAGGAUUCGACGAGAAUGGAAAUCCAGUCAACCAUUCGGGUACAUCGAAUCAAGCGUCCAUCAUUCACGCUGAGCGACAACAGCGACAUACAGCAUCUCCAGUGACCGAUCCGAUAGCAGCUAGACCUCAACGCGACAGCUCAACACUCCACGACAACGAGAGAGGCGCUGCAUCAUUGGAAGCCAUGCGUACCACGCGAGGAAGAGGUUGGAGCGCGGUUGGUCAGCGAGUCGUCCCGAACAACAGGUUUGAAGCGCAGAAAAACUCCAGCUGGCGAGAACCAACAAUGAGCAGCACCAUUCCACCACCGCCAUAUGAACCGAUAAGAACCGAAGCGGGCGAAGCUGAUGCGAGAGGUGACUACAACCAACUGCGGACCGAUCUACUGCGACAGCUGAACCACAGGCCACAAGAACACGUUCCAAGACCGCUGUUAGAAGAAAGAAGAACGCUGAAGGCCAUCCAUAACUGGCCGUUCAGAUAUAAGGGCGAGAAGGAUGGGUCGUCGCUGAACACCUUUCUGCAACGUGUGGAAAUUUUCGCUGCAUCGGAAGGAGUAACGGAGGAUGUGCUGCUAAGGAACGUCAAACAUCUGCUUCUGGACGACGCGCUCAACUGGUACAGCAGUGUUUACGUAUCGGGAGAGUUGGUAUCCUGGGACGAUUUCAAGCGGCUGAUCAGGCAAGAAUUCUUGCCGGCGAGCUACGCCUACAUUCUGCGGGCCGAAGCAUACCAUCGCUUGCAGGGCGAAGAAGAGCCGUUCUCCAAAUUCUACCAGGAUGUAUCCACUCUCUUCCAAUACGUGGAUCCACCGGUGACAGAUCAAGAGAAACUGUUCAUCAUCAAGAAGAACAUGAACUCAACGUACGCUCCGAUUGCCGCAUCACACCAUUCCAUACGUCUGCUGGUGAAGGCGUGCAAGGAACUAGACGAACUCCGGAAACUACAGCAUCAUCAGCGACGGAUCUCGUUACCGUAUGGGGCACUGAUUGAACCAGCGCUGGCUACACCGAACUCUUCGCUACGUUCAUCGAAGCCACAACAGCCGCUCCAAAGGUUUGGAAAGGUCCACGCUUUGGAAACGGAAAGCUUUCACAGCUAUGGAGAGAGCAGUUCGCAAACAGCCUACGGUGCAGAAGCAGAACAAGUGUCGCAGGACGAAGAAAAGAUGGAUCAGCGGAUGGAAGUCCUAUUACAACAGGUGAACGCAUUGAAGCUGAGAUUCGACCGUCGAGAAGCAGUAGGAAGACAGUCGCCCAACCAACAGUUCCCACAAAUGCCAGCGAACAAUCCUAACAACCAUCGCCAAGUUCCUGAAGCAAACAACGCUCGCGAUCCACCGGCGGCGAUGAUUUGCUGGAACUGUGACGAAGGGGGACACCGGUUCAUGGACUGCGCCAAACCCCAGGCAGUACUGUUCUGCUAUCGCUGUGGACAAAAGGGAUUCUCGUUGCGAAGUUGCCCGACCUGUCUUCAACGCUCGGGAAACGCGCAAGCGGGGAGCCAGUAA